AUGGCAUGUCAUCAAGAAGAAGAAGACGAGAAAAUGUCAAGCAGUCAACAGUUGAGCAGCCUGUUCAGGCACUCGAAAGCGCUGGUCACCUCGGGACAUCGCCACACACCGCGACCGACUGGCCCUCACUCCAGUGUCGGCUUUCGCGACUUUCUGCUGGGUAACUCCCGAAAGACGGGACUGCUCGUCCGACUCUUCUACCCAAGCUCAAGUUCACUGCCCACCGAUCCGAAACAGUGGGCCAAGUGGCUGCCUCAUGAGGGAUACGAGAAAGGACUGGGCGACGUGGCCGGUGUACGGUCGCGAGUGAUCAGUGCCCUGGCCCGAGCCGUCAACCCGCUGGAUAAUGUCCGCGUUCCAGUGGUUGAGAACGGCGCACUGUUGCUGCCUUCAGCUGACAGGUAUCCGUUGCUUGUCUUUUCACAUGGCCUGGGCGCCUACCGGUCAGUCUACUCGACGAUAUGCACUGAAUUCGCCUCCAGAGGCUUUGUCGUUGCAGCUGUGGAACAUCGAGACAACUCGGCAGCAAUGUCCUUCUACUACCGCAGUAAAAGGGGAAACGAUUUGUCGGAGAAUGAUGAGCAGAACUACAAUCCUAAAGACUACGGCAUCUCUCAGUACAAGCCACCACGGCCAUUGGAGCCCAUUUCAGUUGACAGCGAACGGGAGCUGGUGUGGAUUCGUCACCAGUACGUCAGCCUGAUCGACCACUCUCCUGCUGCUCUUCAAUUCCGCCAUGCUCAGGUGAAGCACCGAGCCGGUGAAUGCUCAAGGGCGGUUGACUUUCUUGAAAGGCUAAAUGGCGGGGACAGCAUUGAGAAUGCACUUGAUUCAACUUACAACGCAGCGGAAUUUAAAAGCCACCUGAACACUGAUAAGCUCGCCAUUAUGGGCCACUCAUUUGGCGGUGCAACCACAAUUCUCAGCGUCAUAGAAGAUGCUCGCUUCAAGGUGGCCGUCGGACUUGAUGCUUGGGCGUUUCCGCUCAAACCUGUGCCGCUUGAUCAGAUUCACAAGCCACUGUUGCUCAUCAACGCUGAAACGCUAGGCACUGAAAAGCACAAUGUCAAAAAGAUUUCGGAAAUUUUCAAGCACGUAGACCAUGAUCGGAAGCAGGCGUUCACAAUCAAUGGCAGCACGCACAUGCAACAGUGUGACGUGCCACUGGUGUACAGCAAGGUCAUGAACAGUCUGCUCUCGAGGCUGGAUCCUAAAAAAUCGACCAUUGACACGCUUGAUGUGCACGAUCUGACGAAUGCUAAGGCGUUGCAGUUCAUUAGCAGGCAUCUCAAUAUUGAAACUGAUGAUGCUAUUGAACAGUUUCUUCACGCAAACAAAAGAUCUUUUAGACCAUCUUAUGUAUAG